AUUUCCACUUUUUGGUGUGUCUUACAGUAGAUACCAAGAUUCUUUGCUUCUGCAGGCCAUUCAAUCAAUUCCAAAUUAUCAAUUUCUCUCAAUCCCAGUUUUUUGUUUAUUUCAAAACUUGUAAAUUGCAGCAAGCGGAUUGGUGUUUUGAGAGCUAGCUAUGUCAGUUGGCACACCUCAAGUUUUCCACCAUAUGCUGAUGGCAACUUGUCAGGAAAAGCAAGCUUAUCUAGUCCAUUAUGCUUGCUGAUAACUAAUCCAUAUUCAUUAAAGCUACCAAAUUUGUUUGAUCAUGCAGCCUGGGACUGAAAAAUCAUCCUGAAAAUGAAAGCUUCAAUGUCUGCAACACUCUCUGUAGUUUCAGCCCUACUGUUGCUAGUGUCAUUGGCAGCUUCUGAUACAGUUCUCGACAGGUUUCUACAGUGUCUUCCUAGCCAUAGCCAUCCUUCUCACCCAAUCUCUCAAGCAAUCUAUAGUAACACAAAUCCCUCUUUUGAGUCUAUCUUGCAAGCACUGAUAAAAAACCGUAGAUUUUUGACUCCUGCAACCCCAAAACCACUUGCGAUCAUCGCAGCCGUCCAUGAAUCCCAUGUCCAAGCAACAGUUAUUUGCGCAAAGUCUAAUGGCUUGCAAAUUAGAAUCCGGAGUGGUGGCCAUGAUUAUGAGGGCCUUUCUUAUGUAUCUGCAGUCCCAUUCGUCAUCCUCGACAUGUUCAAUCUUCGAUCCAUCGACAUAGACAUAGCGAGUGAGACAGCAUGGGUUCAAUCUGGGGCAACUCUUGGUGAACUUUACUACAAUAUUGCCAGCAAGAGUAAUAUUCAUGGCUUCCCAGCUGGUGUUUGCCCUACUGUUGGUAUAGGUGGUCACUUUAGUGGAGGGGGCUUUGGGACCAUGAUGAGAAAAUAUGGCCUUUCUGUGGAUAACAUCAUUGAUGCACAAUUAGUAGAUGUCAAUGGCAAUAUCCUUAAUAGGAAGACAAUGGGGGAGGAUCUCUUUUGGGCAAUUAGAGGAGGUGGAGCAAGCUUUGGAGUCAUUCUUUCUUGGAAGAUCAGUUUGGUUCAAGUUCCUCCCACAGUGACUGCAUUCAGGGUUGCUAGGACCUUGGAGGAAGGAGCAACUGAUGUGUUUUACAAGUGGCAACUAGUUGCUAGCAAAAUAGACAAGGAUCUUUUCAUUAGAGCAAUGUCACAAGUUGUCAAAGGAAGCAGUGGGGGUUCUAAAAGAAUUAGCAUCUCUUUCAUUGGCCUCUUUCUAGGACAAAGUGGAGCACUCCUUUCCUUGCUGAGCAAGAGCUUCCCCGAGUUAGGUUUGCAGCAAAAAGACUGCAAGGAAAUGAGAUGGAUAGAGUCUGUAGUUUUCUGGGCAAACCUUCCAAAUGCAACAUCAACUGGUGUUCUACUCAACAGGCCAAACCAAGCAAGCUUUUUCAAAAAGAAAUCUGAUUUUGUGAAAUAUGUCAUUCCUAAGAAUGCUUUGGAAAGCAUAUGGAAGGUGAUGAUCAAGGUAGAGCCAAUAUGGAUGCAAUGGAAUCCUUAUGGAGGAAGAAUGGAUGAGAUUUCGGCAACGGCAACUCCAUUCCCUCAUAGAGCGGGAAACCUGUUCAAAAUCGAGUACUCCACAACCUGGAUCGAAGAAGGAAUUGAGGCCACCAAUCACCAUACAAGUUUGUUAAGACAACUGCAUGAUGCAAUGGCUCCUUAUGUCAGCAAGUAUCCAAGAGAAGCAUUUCUCAACUACAGGGAUCUUGAUAUCGGUAGCAAUCCUAGCAACCAGACCAUCUUUGAGGAAGCUAAAGUUUACGGGAGCAAGUAUUUUAAGGACAAUUUUCUUAGGCUGGUGACAGUGAAGUCAAGGGUGGAUCCUGAUAAUUUCUUCAAGAAUGAACAAAGCAUCCCAGUUAAUUUUGCACGAGUAAAAGCCUGAAUGGUAGUAGUUAUAAAAGCAUCAGAGGGUAUCAUAUCUGGGGGUGGACAUUCCUCCAAGUUGAUUAAUUUGGUUUCUAUUUCGUACUAUCCACCACCCUAAAAUGCUGAGAUGCACAUGGAAAAAGACUUAAAUCAUUGGUUUAUUAGGUCAACCUGUAAGUUAUUAGAUUACCCUGUAAAUCAGCAGAUCAAUUAUUUUUAUUAAAACAAAUGCAUUUUAUUCUU